CUCAGUGCAAGUUGUGCAGGGAGCAGGAGGCACAGCGCUGGCAGCAACCACCCCUCUGCAGCAGGGCAAGGGACGGGCUAUGGCUACGUCUAUACUUGGGGAAGAGCCGCGAUUUGGGACCACACCUCUGGCCAUGCUGGCUGCCACCUGUAACAAGAUCGGGAACACCAGCCCCCUCAGCAGCCUCCCGGAGUCCAGCGCCUUCGCCAAGGGGGGCUUCCACCCGUGGAAACGUUCCUCGUCCAGCUGCAGCCUGGGUUCCAGCCUCGGGGGGUUCACCGUGGCCACCAGCCGGGCCUCCAGCGCCCUGACCGGAGGGGGCGCCACAGCCAACAGCGCCUUCUGCCUGGCCUCCACCUCCCCGACCUCCUCGGCCUUCAGCAGUGACUACAGCGGCCUCUUCUCCAACGCCGCCGGGGUGUCCCCGCAGGAAGCCGCGGGCCAGUCCGCCUUCAUCUCCAAGGUGCACGGUGCGGCUGAGGGCCUGUACCCGCGGGUGGGCAUGGCCCAUCCCUACGAGUCCUGGUACAAGUCCGGCUUCCACUCCGAGGUGACCAACGGGGCCUCCGCCUGGUGGGACGUGCACGCUGCCAGCCCCAGCACCUGGCUGGAGGUGCAGAACCCCCCGGCCGCCGCGGCCGCUCUGCAAGGGGCGCUGCACUCUGGGGGCCCGCACGGCCAGCUCAGCGGCUACAGCCCGGACUUCAGCUCCCUCACCCACUCGGCCUUCAGCUCCACGGGCCUGGGCUCCAGCGCAGCCUCCCACCUGCUCUCCACCGGGCAGCACCUGCUCACCCAGGAGGGCUUCAAGCCCGUGCUCCCCUCCUACCCGGACUCUGGCACCUCCAUGCUCUCCGGGGCCUCCGCGGGGGGACCCGCGGGCGCCACUGGUCGCUCCGCACGCAGGUACUCGGGGAGGGCCACCUGCGACUGCCCCAACUGCCAGGAGGCGGAGCGGCUGGGUCCCGCGGGGGCCAGCCUGCGGAGGAAAGGGCUGCACAGCUGUCACAUCCCGGGCUGCGGCAAGGUGUACGGCAAGACCUCGCACCUGAAGGCGCACCUGCGCUGGCACACCGGGGAGCGGCCCUUCGUCUGCAACUGGCUCUUCUGCGGCAAGAGGUUUACGCGCUCCGACGAACUGCAGCGGCACCUGCGCACCCACACCGGGGAAAAGCGCUUCGCUUGCCCGGUGUGCAACAAGCGCUUCAUGCGGAGCGACCACCUCAGCAAGCACAUCAAGACGCACAAUGGGGGGGGAGGUGGGAAGAAAGGCAGCGACAGCGACACGGAUGCCAGCAACCUGGAGACCCCCAGGUCAGAGUCCCCCGAGCUCAUCCUGGAGGGGGUCCGACCAGGCAAAGAGUCAGGCAAUGACUCCUAGGAAGCAGCAGCCACUUCUGGGGCGCAGGGACUCCUACCAGAAAGUGCAGCCACCUCUUGGGCUCAGAAUGACUUCCCUUUAGGCUCUGAGGACGAUGAUGCCACCUCCAUAGGGGGGACAUUGACUCCUGGGGGUUGCAGCUAUCUCCCGGGAGCAGAGUGACUCUUUCUGUGCAGCAUUGUUGAAGGUGCAAGGACUACAUGCUGAAAUUGCGCUGGACUGGCUUGUGCUGGCAAAAGGCAGAUUCAGAUCCCAUGACUGCAAACUUUUUAGCAACUAGAGCAAUAGACGGUGGCAGGACAAGGACUCAGAUCAACAUUUAUUUUUUGUGUCCUGGUUUUCAUGAUUUUAUUAUAAACAAAAACAAACAUGGACCGUUCAUUCCUUUGGUGGAUUAUGACGCUCAUAUCCUUCUUUGAGAUCUAUUUCCAAAUUAACUUUUUUUUAUUUAAAAACAAACAAAAAUAUCUUUAACGAUAUAAAGGUGAGAAGUACUCAAAAUAGAGCAAAACCGAAUUAAAAAAAAGGAAAUCUUCGGACAGUUUCUCUGUAUCUGCAUUAAGCUGUAUAAAUAGGUUUCAAGAGGUUGUGUUCAUUUUCCAUUUUACUUGUAAAUGUUAUCCGGAUAGUUUCUAUUUUGUGGACUCCUGAAAUUCAGGAGUUGUUUUUUUUCCAUUGUUAUUUUUUUCCUUUAUUUCCAAUGCACUUUGUGAAAGUCAAUAUAUAUAUAUAUGUAAAAGAUAUUUAAUAUGUUGAUUUAACAUUUCAAUCAGACACGUAAAUUAAAAAUCAAUGAAAACAAAUGAAAGGCGUUUAUCUGUAUU